AUGUCGUCGACAAUCGGUGUAUUGCUGCUCCUGGGCCUGGCCGUGGUUGCGGCUGUAAAGCUGGAAAUACCCAAGAUCCAUCGCUUAAAGCAGCAGUCGGAGCUGCUGAGUGCACAGAACCCGAGUAAUGCUCCACUUUGCUUUGAACACUAUAGGCCAAGACUGGACAACAUUGCGCAACAAUACGAGGUCCGAUACACCCAUUGCAACACAGAGUACGCCGAGCAAACCGCCUUGGAGGAUUCCAAGUGGCAAGAGCCACGUCAGUCCCUUGUAUCCCGUGGCAAGUAUUCCUGUGAUCUGAUAGCCGACUGUUCCACAAUAGUGGGCUACGUUGAGGCGUUCGAGUGCUUCGCCCAGGUGGGCGCUGAUGAAUCGAAAUCGAUGUACGCAAUUUCGACAAGCGCAACCCAAACAAGUUUUGAAAUCAAGAACUUUUAUAGGCAAAUUGAAAGCACAAAGACCAUUUGCAUCAACAAUGCGGAGCAGGCAUAUGUCACGGACACGUCCGUAACCUACGAGGCAUUAAAUGAUUGCUUGAGUGGUAAGUCACCCUUAACGACCAAGGGCUAUGAUUCCACCGAAUCAACAACGGCGAUCUAUUGGGAUACAACACAAUAA